UUCAAUCCCCCAGAACAUUCAGAAUCUUACUUUGGACAAUUUUAGGGAGGAAUUCGUCCUAGCUUCUCUGUAAACAUGAUCAUUUGAUUCACUGAUCAGUGGAAGUGAACUGGUCAACUUUUGCUUGAAUAAACCUUUGUUGGAAUAGAUCAAUUCAGUCACAUUGGUUUUCUGAAACUUUGCCUGUUGAGUUUGAUGUUCGCUUCUGAUGCAACUGCGUUCUUCACAUUUUAUUUCUCGAAUUGCCAUAAUGUUCAGUAAUGCUCGAUGAGUAUAGCAUAGCAAUCCAAGCCUACAGUUUGUGCCCUUGACUUGAUCACUUGAACAUUUCGGCGACUCGGCCUGACCAGUUAAUUGGACUGGAGAUGGCGGCAACGACAAAUGUUGCAUCCAAUCGAUUCUCCCUGAUUAAAAAACACAGCUCAUUCGAUCCGACAGUGAUGCACCGACAUCCAACCGUAGGGUUGACAUUCUCCAGUUCGUCAACGACAGUCGUGGUAGCCACGAAGUUGUAGGCAAGUCAACCAUUUCGCUGCUGGAUCUUGGACUCGCUAUAUAUAUCAAACGUGUAGUCUUCCCAGUUCAAACAAAUUCAAUCCAAAUCUCGAGCUCCCACGCUUCCAUUUGAAAAAUUCAGGAUUGAUUGUUUAGCACUAGAGAAAAGAAUUUGUUGAAUGUUUCUGGGAAUGGACUCGGAAGAGAGGUCCAAGAAGAGGCUGCGGCUAUGGAGCAGAGCCGUCGUCCACUUCUCCCUCUGCUUCGCCAUCGGCGUCUUCGCCGCGCUCUUGCCGCUCGCCGCCACCGGCGCCACGUCGAUCGACAGCAUCCGCGCCUCGUUCCGGCCAACGGUGGCGGCGACGCCUCCCGUUCCGGAGCUCGACCUCUUGCUGAUCGUCACCGUCACGCGGCCGGACGACGACGACGACGACGGCAUGUCCCAGGAGGCGUCGCUGACGAGGCUCGGCCACACGCUGCGUCUCGUCGAGCCGCCGCUGCUGUGGAUCGUCGUCGGAGCCGAGAACACGACGGCGACGGCGAGGGCGGUCAACGCGCUGCGUGGCACCAGAGUCAUGUUCCGGCAUCUCACCUACGCCGCCGAGAACUUCACCGGCCCCGCCGGCGACGAGGUAGACUACCAGAUGAACGUGGCGCUGUCUCACAUCCAGCUGCACCGGCUGCCCGGCGUCGUGCACUUCGCCGCCGCUUCCAGCGUCUACGACCUUCGCUUCUUCCAACAGCUCAGGCAAACUCGGGGCAUUGCAGCAUGGCCAAUAGCUACUGUGUCAUCAGCAGAUCAGACAGUAAAAUUAGAGGGACCGACCUGUAACUCAUCUCAAAUCACAGGUUGGUACUCAAAGGACUCAAGCAGCAAUAUAACAGAGACAACCUGGGACUCAAGUAGCAACACAACACAGACAACCUGGGACUCAAGCAGCAACAAAACACAGACAACCACUCUGGCUGCACUAGAUACCAAUGCAAGCAAGCAAAACUCAAGCUCUGGACCUCCUGAAAUAAACAUGCACGCAGUCGGAUUUAAGAGCUCAAUGCUAUGGGAUUCAGAGAGGUUCACCCGCAGGGAUAACUCAUCAACAGGCAUAAAUCAGGAUUUAAUCCAAGCUGUACGACAAAUGAUGAUCAAUGAUGAGGACAAGAAAAGGGGAAUCCCUUCUGAUUGUUCUGAUUCACAGAUAAUGCUGUGGCACCUUGACAUGCCAAGGCAUACCCCAAAAAUUGAACAGGCGACUCCAGAGAAGGAAAGUCUAACGAAGGGUGAUGAAGAGGAAUCCCAUGACAUGACACUAGACAAUGUUGUGCCAAAAACUGAAGAACAUGAGACUUUAGAGAAGGAAAAUCUAAUGAAGGGUGAUGAAAAGGGAUCCCAUGACAUGAUGCUAGACAAUGUUGUGGCAAAAAUUGAAGAACAAGAGACUCCAGAGAAGGAAAAUCUAACGAAGGGUGAGGAGAAGGAAUCCCAUGACAUGAUGCUAGACAAUGUUGUGGCAAAAAUUGAAGAACAAGAGACUCCAGAGAAGGAAAAUCUAACGAAGGGUGACGAAAAGGAAUCCCAUGACAUGAUGCUAGACAAUGUUGUGGCAAAAAUUGACGAACAGGAGACUACAGAGAAGGAAAGUCUAACAAAGGGUGACGAAAAGGAAUCCCAUGACAUGAUGCUAGACAACGUUGUGGCGAAAAUUGAAGAACAAGAGACUCCAGAGAAGGAAAGUCUAACGAAGGGUGAUGAAAAGGAAACUCAUGACAUGAUGUUAGACAAUGUUGUGGCGAAAAUUGAAGAACAGGAGACUCCAGAGGAAGGCAAGACUAAGGAAGGGUGACGAAAAGGAACCCAUGGCGUGAUGUUAUUAGUUACAUCGUAGAGCAUCACCAUGUAAUAGAUAGAAGAAAGACUAAUUCUACCUUCAUGUAUAUUAGUGAUCCCAUAACCAUGUGGCACAUAACUGCCCAAAGUGUCAAAACAGUGAAAAACCUGAUCUGAAAAGGUCAAAUAUACUGUCCUUUUCUUUUUGUAACACAUCAAAAUUUCGGUUUAUCAUCUAAGUGCUGGAACUAGAGAUAGGAACAAAGAACAAAGACUAAUUCUACCUUCAUGUAUAUCAAAAUUUCGGUUUAUCAUCUCCCUUUUAGGUUUUCCUUGUUGCUUUUCUUCUUUGUUUCCCCUGUUCUAUCUCUUUCACCUUUCUUGGUGAUAUUGUAAAUACUUUCUAUUCUCCUUAAUAUAACUCCAGCUUAGCCUGGCUUUGGUUUCAAAAAAAAAAAAA